AUGGAUCCAUUUGAAGUUCGUAUGCAAUUCUUGACGCUGCUUAGACGGUUAAAUGCCUCUCAGCAGUCAAUCCAGAAGGUGGUCGGAUACGCCUUGAAGUACUUCUCGAAAUGUGGGGAGGACCUCUGGGAUUGCAUAGUCGAGGAGUCUCAGAAGGGGUCAAUAAACAACCGAAUCAACAUCCUCUACUUCCUGGACUCUUUAUGCGAGGCGUCCCUCCUCGUGAAAUCACAACACGGACCCGUCCGACAAGAAGGACAUGCGUCAGCGUUCAAUUCGCUCUACGUGGACUAUGUCUCGCGGGACUUGGGAAAGAUCGUAGAGUCUGUAGUACCAGAAGGACGACAAGGUCUGCCGAAUCUGAUGAGUACAAAGCAGAUAUUGGAAAGCUGGAGAAGCAAGCGUGUAGUUGACCCGCAAAAAGUCGACGAUGUCAUGUCGUUCCUGGAAAACAGGAAAGCGUCGCUCGAGGACCUAGCAGACACACGGCCGUCAAAUCCCCUCCCGAAACAAGAAAUCUUCAAGCGCAUCGAAGAAGACCGCGAACGACACAAACGAUUGCGAGAGCGUCGCUGGGUCCAGCCCGUUGCGCACAAUCCGCACUCACACCUGCCACCGCAGCUGGCGUCUUUCCUACCGCUAACGGACGAUGGGGACGGUGAGGAAGAGCUGACGCUUGACAUCGAGUUCGAGAACGACUGGGAGACGACGAGCGACUGGAACGAAGACGACGACGAGGCAGCGCAGGAGGAGAAUGCUCUCUGCUUCCCGGACCUGAGCUCGAUGCCGAACGACGACGGCGAGCAGCCGAUGGACUUGUCAUGA